AAAUAAGCAAGAACAGGCCUUCAGCUCUCUUCAUCCCCAAACCUGCGACAUAUAUAUAUACAUAUACGUGUAUAUAUAUAUACUACUUGUACGUAUAUACAUAUAUAUAUACAUAUACACAAAUUUCGACCCUUCGUUUUAGACAAAACCGAGCCGUGAAAACACUAUAGAGACCUUCCCCUUCUCGAGAGGAAUCCAACGGUGAAAGAAUCGUUGAAAACGAUCGUGAAACGACGGAGAACGAGCUUGCCGGAGUUCCGUCGGGCUAACCGUAAAGAUGGAAAACGGAGAAGAAGGAGGAGCUGCCGCUGCCGCCAACCCAUCACCGACCUUCGCCGUCCCCAAACGAGCCUUCUACCACCACCGUAUCACGAAUCCGUCGAGGUAACCCCCUUUCCCCUGCCUAGCUCGUUUUCUUGAGUUCAUGAUCGAGGAAGAAGAAGUGUACACAUUUUUUUUUUCUUUCUCUCUUAGAAGAUUGGGCCGUUUGGGCCAGGAGUUUUCAUUUUUAUUUUUGGGCCAAGACUCCUAAGUAGUAGUAGUAAUAAUAAUAAUAACAAUAAUAAUAAUAAUAAUAAUAAUUAUAAUCUGCAAAAUGGAUAAAAUCGAGAUGAGAAAUAUUAAUGAAGAAAUUGGCUUGAUUGGUAGUAAUUACUUGGAUAAAUUUGUCACUUUUGAUUGAGAUAAUUUCAUAAUAGAAAAACUAAUGGACUGUUGAUAUUAAACAAAUUAAUUAUUAUUGUUAUUAUCUCAAUCAGUUAAAUUCAAAGUGCAAUUCAAUGAUUAAAUUAGUUACGAAAUUAUAAUUAGGUGGAUUUGAGUUAUGUUAAGCACCGAAUGAAUUAUAUGAAAUAGAGUGAAAUCAUUAUUUAGACAAAUAUGUAACUUGGACCAAUUUAAUAAUAUUAAAAUAUCAUUAAAGAAGUUCGAAUAUUUAACCUUAUAUUAUGAUUCAGAUUGUUUAUAAAAUUUAAGGUAUGAUAUGCAGACUAUUUUAAUUCGGACCAAUUGAAGUAAUUAUAAGCAAAGUGGUAAGAUUAAUAAAAGUGGUUAAUUGAUAAUUAACAGAUAACCUAAAUCCCAAUAAUAAAACAAAAGAAGGAAAUCAGAUAAAUUUUUAAUAGAAUAAGUGACUGAUUGUAUCGUCUUAAUUAAAAAGGUGAUUAUUUUGAGACAAGAAUAGAGGAGGAGAAUUAGAAGCAUCAAAUUUGAGGUGAUGAUGCUUAUGUGGACUGAUGAUUGUAUGACCACGAGAGCGGUUUAGAGAUGCCUUAGUCAAACCUAGUCAUAAAUAAACAAUCCAAUUAUGUUGAACACUUGUUUUACUUUGUUUGGUGAUUGCCUGUGCAUUCGGUUAAGAGAUGACCGGAUGUGGCGGUAACACCCAUUUCCCAAUUAAUGUUAUUUCCGCUGCAAAACUUUUUAUCUGUUUGAAAGAAUAAAUCAAGUUAUUAUCAAUAAAUCUAUUAUUUCAAGUAUUAUUUUGGGAGGGAAAAUGGGGGUGUUACAAAUUGGUAUCAGAGCCCUUUGAUUUUUUUACUGGGGAUUUUCAAAAAAAAAAAUUAAGUGAAUGUGGUUUUCAAAAGAUUUUAUAACAUUUUUUCGGAUUUUCUAAAAUUGUUUUAGAGCUAUAUUUUCUAAAACAUAUGAAAUUUUCCAAGAAGUUUAUUUCUAAAUGUUAUUUUAAAAAGCUUAUGACAGAUUUCCAAAAACUUUUUACAGAAAAAAAAAAACAGUAAACUUAGGAAUAAUAAUUGGACUAAGGAAAUAUUAAAUUUAGGAUCGUGGUGAGAUUGUGAGAUUUAUAUUUUUUUUUGGAACUUGAUAUUAAUUUGAAAUAGGCACAUUUGUGCUAUAUUCCUAUAUACAUGUCUAGGAAAGACUUAAAACUAGUGACGAGAAAUCUAUGAUGUCGUAUGGGCACAUUUGCUCCUAUGUGUUUGAUUUUGUGGGAAAAAAAAAGGAGAGAUAGUAAGAGUGUCCUAUGAAAUUUUAGGAUUAUAUAUGCUUCAGGGACGAAGCAUUCUUUCAAGGAGGGUAGAAUGUGACACUCCAUAAAUUUAAAAAAAAAAAUAUUAAUACUUCGUAUUAACUAAGAUGUGGUAUUCAUUUGUGGAUAAAGUUUCUUUAGUUUAUGUUUCGAGACGAAACAUCUUUUAAGGAGGGUAGAAUGUGACACUUCGAAAAAUUUAAUAAAAUAAAAUAAAUAAAUUUUAUUGGUUAGCAAAAUAUUAUGAAAGUGAUUUUUCUUAUAAUCAAGUGAAUCAGAUAAAAUCUUAGCAUCAGUGACAUCUUUAACCAGAUAAAAAAAUGUUUCAAUAAUAAAAGUGACAUCUUAUAAUGAUUAUGUCGAGACCUCGACUUAAAUAGCAAAAGUGACAGUUUUGUAACAAGUAAUAAUUAUACAUAUAACAUAAAUAAUAAAAUUGUCAUUUCAAUGCAAGAGUCAUUUAUUUGUACAAAAUGUAUUGUAACACACACACACAAAUAAUCAUAUAAAUAAUGCUACGUACACACAUGAAAAUGUUGGGGCUAAAUCAUAUACUAGUACUACUCCGUCCCCCUAAAUUUGGGACAAGAGAAGUUGACACGGUUAUUAAUAAAAAUGAAUUUAUACUGAAUUGAUAAAGUAAGAAUAAAGUAGGAAUGAUUUAGAAUCACACGAACUUUACAAAAAAAAAAAAAAAAGGUAUGAGACAAUUUUAAUGGGACGGACCGAAAUGGUAAAAUGGGACAAUCAUAGCGGGAGGGAGGGAGUACAUUGUAUCAAACAAGAGUUGACCGAAGGGGACCAAAACCCACCUACACACAAUGGACCAAUGUAUGGGAACAAGAAAUACACAUUCACGCACAUGAAUAUGUUGAAGCAAGCUUAUUGCCAACCUAAACUCACAUGGAUUGUUCGUAGCUACAACCUCCAACCUCAUAGUAUAAAUAAGCAAGAACAGGCCUUCAGCUCUCUUCAUCCCCAAACCUGCGACAUAUAUAUAUACAUAUACGUGUAUAUAUAUAUACUACUUGUACGUAUAUACAUAUAUAUAUACAUAUACACAAAUUUCGACCCUUCGUUUUAGACAAAACCGAGCCGUGAAAACACUAUAGAGACCUUCCCCUUCUCGAGAGGAAUCCAACGGUGAAAGAAUCGUUGAAAACGAUCGUGAAACGACGGAGAACGAGCUUGCCGGAGUUCCGCCGGGCUAACCGUAAAGAUGGAAAACGGAGAAGAAGGAGGAGCUGCCGCUGCCGCCAACCCAUCACCGACCUUCGCCGUCCCCAAACGAGCCUUCUACCACCACCGUAUCACGAAUCCGUCGAGGUGAUUAUUUUGAGACAAGAAUAGAGGAGGAGAAUUAGAAGCAUCAAAUUUGAGGUGAUGAUGCUUAUGUGGACUGAUGAUUGUAUGACCACGAGAGCGGUUUAGAGAUGCCUUAGUCAAACCUAGUCAUAAAUAAACAAUCCAAUUAUGUUGAACACUUGUUUUACUUUGUUUGGUGAUUGCCUGUGCAUUCGGUUAAGAGAUGACCGGAUGUGGCGGUAACACCCAUUUCCCAAUUAAUGUUAUUUCCGCUGCAAAACUUUUUAUCUGUUUGAAAGAAUAAAUCAAGUUAUUAUCAAUAAAUCUAUUAUUUCAAGUAUUAUUUUGGGAGGGAAAAUGGGGGUGUUACAGACAAUCUGAGAGAGUGAUACAGAUUCUGGAAGAUAUGCUUAGGGCAUGUGCUUUGGAGUUCCAAGGAAGUUGGGACAAGCAUUUGGCUCUAGUUGAGUUUGCCUAUAACAACAGUUAUCAGGCGAGUAUUGGCAUGCCUCCAUACGAGGCAUUGUAUGGGAGGAAAUGCAGAACACCGUUGUGUUGGGACGAGGUUGGCGAGGCCAAGCUCGAAGGGAUUGAACUUGUUGAAAUCACCAAGGCUAAGGUGAAGGUCAUUCAGGAUAGACUUAAGGCUGCCCAAGAUCGGCAGAAGAGUUAUGCCGACAAACGACGCAGGCCAUUGGAGUUCGAGGUCGGUGAUAAGGUCUUCCUAAGGAUUUCUCCUUGGAAGGGUAUCAUCCGAUUUAUAUCGAGGGGAAAGCUUAACCCCAGAUACAUUGGUCCAUUUGAAAUCCUUGAAAGGAUAGGGGCUGUGGCAUACCGUCUCAAGUUGACGCCAGAACUUGAGAAGAUACACGACGUGUUUCAUGUAUCGAUGCUCAAGAAAUACGUGAGAGAUCCAUCUCAUAUUCUUGAGAAGCCACCGGUGGAGAUACGUGAAGAUCUACAAUAUGCGGUGGAACCGGUAAAGAUUAUGGGUCAACAGGUGAAGAAACUGAGGAACAAGGAGAUUCCUAUGGUAAAGGUUCUUUGGAGGAGUGAUCGAGUCGAAGAAGAAACCUGGGAGACUGAGGUCUCAAUGAGGGAGCAAUACCCGUUUCUUUUCGAUUAGACACGUGGAUUUCGGGGACGAAAUCCCAAAUAAGGGGGGGUGAACUUGUAACACCGUCCCCAGAUGUAUUUUACUUUUAAGUGAAUAAUGUAUUUAACCUUAUGGAGUGGUUAAUGAAUAUUCGAAGUGGUGAAUUUCAAUUA